AUGGAGUUUAGGGUUUUGGAGAAGAAAGAGAGGUUCUUGUGGUUUUCAAGGGAAAGGGACUUACCUUGGCCUAGAAAAGUUUUGGCCGAUGGCCGAUGGAUUUUGUCGCGGUCGAGCGAUUUGGUCGGCCAAAAUUUGUUUUGGCCGAGAGAUUUCGGCCGAGGCCGAGCGUUUGUUUCCCGGAUCGACCGUAACGGUCGGUCCGUUCCGAUACGCGAAUCCGGCCGAGCGCAAACCGUUUCUUGGGGCUCACGUCUCAUAUGGUCUUAA